CAAGCAUUCGAGCCAAACUCCGACCCCUCUAAGCUCCUGCUGCUGUUCUCGGAUGAUGAUGUAUUGGGGUUGCAUUAUAUUUUAUGCUCCAUUACCAACUCGGGCACUCUCUGGUGAAACAAAUGAUGAAUGCGCUUGAGCAUGAUUUGGAGCUUAAUGAUCAAGGGCCUUCACAGAAAUGAAUCAACUCUCAAAUGCCUUCUCAUGGCUGAAUUUGGGCGUCACAGAUAGCCGGGAUGAUACAGAAACUCAUGUGGAAACUGAGACAGUAAAUGGAGGAGAUAAAGCCAACGAAAAAAAUGGUAGCUCAGGAGAGGUGACAGCACUCAAAAAUGAAAAUGGGGAUCAGAGGUCACCUUUGAUUCCAGGAGAGUACAAAUUUCCGCUUGUAUGGAUUGACCUUGAGAUGACUGGUUUGAAUAUUGAGGUUGAUAGGAUAUUGGAGAUUGCCUGUGUAAUUACAGAUGGAAAUUUGACCAAAUCAAUUGAGGGUCCUGAUUUGGUUAUACAUCAAAGCAAGGAGUAUCUGGACAAUAUGGGAGAAUGGUGUCAAAGCCAUCAUGCAUCAAGUGGUUUGACUCAGAAGGUGCUCAAGAGUACCAUCACAGAAGAAGAAGCCGAGAAGCAGGUAGCUGAAUUUGUCAAGAGAAACAUAAGGACGUAUACACCACUACUCGCAGGAAAUUCAGUCUAUACGGAUCUUCUGUUUUUGAAGAAGUUUAUGCCAAAUUUGGCAAGUUUGUUUUCACAUGUACUUGUUGAUGUCAGCAGCGUAAAGGCAUUAUGUCUUCGUUGGUUUCCACGAGACCACAGAAAAGCUCCUCAAAAGAAAAACAAGCACCGAGCUAUGGAUGACAUUACGGAGAGCAUAGCCGAACUCAAAUACUACAAGGAGCACAUAUUCAAAGCCUCCAAGUCUAAAAAGUGAUAGUGAAGGAGAUUUGUAUCUCAUGUUGAGGAUUCUUUUCAUCUGAUUCCCAAAAUGAGGCGUUGUGUGCCAGUGGAAAGUGAUACGAGCAGUUAAAUGUAUCGUCUUUUUGUCUAAGUUAUGAUCUUAUGAUGCUUGGCAAACUGAUUUCCUUGUACCUUCACAUCCUUGGCUAUCAUAUAAAUGGAUUUAAUUUAUGUACA